ACCUCCUAUAUACCGAACAAACGCGUUGGACUUAACUUAGAGGACUCGGAGUAAAACCAGAGAAGCCGAUAUUUUACAACGCGAAAUACAAUGGCUAAUCAGAAAGUAGCGUUGCUGCUGAUAGGCGCCGUGCUGUUCGCGGCUAUUGGCGGCCUUGACGCGCAGGGAGGCGGAUUUGGGGGAGGCCUUGUUGGAGGCUUGGUUCUGGGAGGCCUGCUUGAGGGAGGUUUAGGAGGAGGUUUAGGAGGAUACGGAUACGGCGGAUACGGUUUCCGUCCACCAUUCUUCGGCGGUAGAUUUGGUUACCCUGCUUACGGUUACGGUUUCGGUUACCCCUUUGGAGGACGUUUCUUUUAGAGGCCAAGAGUUCGUGUGCUGCAUUGUCAGUGAUAUUAAUGCAUGCAAUAAAUGAAAAUAACACCGUA